GUUCACAUCGUCCAGAGUCACAUGAAACGUUUCACAGCAAAUCUUUAAGCACCGUUUUCUCUCUUAUUGCAGUGAACAGUGUCGCUUUUAGUACCGAAACUGCUCUAUAAACUGCAGGAAGUUUAAAACCCAACAUGGACGAGGACGGGCUGCCUAUUGUGGGGUCUGGUGUCGAUCUUACUAAGGUCCCUGCUAUUCAACAGAGAAGAGUUGUUGCCUAUCUCAAUCAGUUUGUUGUGCACACGGUCCGGUUUCUUAACCGUUUCUCCACAGUUUGUGAAGAGAAACUUGCAAACAUAUCUCUUCGCAUUCAGCAGAUUGAAACAACCCUGUCCAUUUUAGAAGCCAAACUGUCCUCCAUUCCCGGGCUGGAGGACGUCACAAUAGAAGGACUCAGUCAGCGGCAACCUGCCCAGGCCAAUGGACAGGCCAAUGGACCGGCCAAUGGACCCUCUACCGCCACUCAGAGUCAAACAGGGGGUCCACCAGCAGGCAGUCUUCUUCCCCCAGAGAUUUCGCAGGCUGCUCAGACAGCACCAGAGCCUGCAACGCCACCUCAAGUAGAAGCAGCCGCAGAGAAUGUCAUGACGGUGGCUAAGGACCCGCGUUAUGCCCGAUACCUGAAAAUGGUUCAAGUGGGAGUUCCAGUUAUGGCUAUAAAGAAUAAAAUGGUCCUGGAGGGAUUGGAUUCUAACUUGCUUGACACACCAGAUGCCCCCCUGCCGGAUGAAGGAGCGAGGAGCAUAGAGGAUCAAGAUGUUUCUGCCACCAGCUCUGACAGCGAAUCAUCUUUCAGCGACUGACCUCUGACCUCUAUGCCCGUCACCCAUACCUGGGUCCUGUACAGGCUCACCAUCGCUGGUCUGAGCUCCUGUAGGCCUGCCUGCACUGAGAGAGAAAUGUAGAUCACAGUGAUCCUGUGAAGGAGUAGCAAUGAGAAGCUGCGAAAUAGGUGCCUGAACCUGGAAACCAGAGAGAUUGUACUUUUGGCUUUAAAUUACUGAAAUAGUUUCCUUAAGGUUGGUCAGUGACAUCCUCUAUUUUUGUUGUAUUCACAAAGAGGGAAGGUUUUUCCCUGUUGUUAGCACUAGACCUCAGAAUAUUGCAGUAGCAAGUCAUUUUUGUACAAAAAGUAAUUAUAUAUUGUAAAUGUUAACAUGUUUUUGUGGUCACUACUUUUACAGACAAAUGCCUUUUAAGAGAUACAACUAUCUGGUGAAAGUUAUUUAAAAAAUGUGUUGGAAACUUCAAAACUCAGAUUGUAAGUCUGUGUGUUCAGGCGAGGUAGACACAUAUAUAAAAAAAGAUUUCAGAACAAUAAUCCUGUUUAAAUAGAGAGAAUCUCUGAUCACUUUAUUCAAUAAAAGAAAUAAGAUGGAUAUCAUUUAAUCUUUUCUAGCCAUCAAUUAUCAUUCAGCUAUGUCGAAGCAAAAUUAUGUUAUUAGUUGCAAACUUAAUUAAAUAAAAACAUUAAUCUGCA